GUCCUGCCCUGGCCGUGGUGUCGGUGCGUCGUGCGUCCUGCCCUGGCCGCGGCUUCAGUCUGUGAGCGCAGCAGCGCCGGAGCGCAGCAGCGCGUCAACCGGACCGCGGGAUCUGGAUAAAGCGCACGGACGCGCCGCAUGUAUUCCCUCAUUUUUCCCUUCUCUCUUCGAUCCCGCCGCGCCUCGUAUCGGAUGCUGGAUGCGAUCCAUCCCCGUGUCAAGAACAUCAGUCUGACGGGCGCAUCAUGGACAGCCUAGGCAGCCGCUGUAAGAUCGUGGUGGUCGGGGACACUCAGUGUGGGAAAACGGCGCUCCUGCACGUCUUCGCCAAGGACUGCUAUCCGGAGAACUACGUGCCCACGGUGUUUGAGAACUACACAGCCAGCUUUGAGAUCGACAAGCACCGGAUCGAGCUCAACAUGUGGGACACGUCAGGUUCCUCUUAUUACGACAACGUGCGGCCGCUGGCGUACCCCGACUCGGACGCGGUUCUGAUCUGCUUUGACAUCAGCCGCCCGGAGACUCUGGACAGUGUCAUCAAGAAGUGGCAGGGAGAGACGCAGGAGUUCUGCCCCAACGCCAAGGUGGUGCUGGUGGGCUGCAAGCUGGACAUGAGGACGGACGUCAACACCCUGAGGGAGCUGUCCAAGCAGCGCCUCAUCCCCGUCACCCACGAGCAGGGCAGCGCCAUCGCGCGGCAGAUGGGGGCGGUGGCCUACGUGGAGUGCACCUCCAAGGUGUCCGAGAACAGCGUGCGGGACGUGUUCCACAUCACCACGGUGGCGUCGGUGCGGCGGCCGCACAAGCCGCAGCUGAAGCGCAGCAGUUCCCGCCGGGGCCUGAAGAGGGUGUCGCAGCUGCCGCUGCCGCCGCUGCCCGGCCGGACUGAGCAGCUGGACCAGGCCCCGGCCAUGAGGAAGGACCGGGCCAAGAGCUGCGUGCUCAUGUAGAGACCCCUCUGAAAUAUAUAUAUAAAUAUAUAUAUGUACAUACAUACACAGAAAUCUAUAAAAGAGAAAGUCUAUUUAUUAUUUGCGGAUUUUCCCCUUUGUGUUUUCUUUUUUUUUUUUUGCACUGCAGAUGAGUGGGAAAAGAAAAACACAUCAAUGUGGAAACAAAAAGCUUUUUUUUUUGUUACGUGGGUGUUUUUGCAUAUUUCAUAAGUUGUUUACAUAUUUGUGUAGUUUUGAAAAUGAUUGCAAAUUGGACUAAGUCCCACGGACACGAGGAAGCCGCCAUGGUGGAAUUAAAGUGGAAUUCAUUUCCUGUAGCGGCUCUUAUUAACGGGGACGGCACGGCGGCGGCGGCGGCGGCGGCGUGACGCACUGCCGAGGUGAAGCCGUGCCCAAACAGGAUGUCUGAAGAUGAAGAGUGUUGUUUUCAAAGGUGGAGAUGUUCAGCGGACUAAUUGUCUGGCCUCCGCUCGCUUCCUGUCGCCUCGCCGGGGAGAAAAACCUGUUUGUACAGUGACGCUGAAAAAGGGAUGGACGGAGGCUCAGCCGGAGCUGGAAAUGAGAUUCUGAGGGACUGCGUGAAAAGAGUGUGUUUGUGUGUGUGUGUGUGUGUGUGUGUGUGUGUGUGUGUGUGUGUGUGUGUGUGUGUGUGUGUGUUUGUGUGUGUUAAUACCACAAGUGCUUUUCAGGAAAGAAAGAAGAAGAAAAAACGAAGAAGUCACAAAGGUAUCCAGUUUUAUUUUUGCCUGUUUAACACCGUUUUCCUCCUUGACUCCAGUCGGAUUCAUUUGAUCCUCUGAUUUAAUGCCGUUGUCGCUAUUUUAAAGGUGUUUCUUUGUGGAAAAAAAAAUAAAGUGGUAAAGCGUUAGGGCUAUUUUGUUGUACUUUCACUAAGUCUAAAAA